AUGACGGAGAACCGACUUCGUGUCACAAGCACGCUUGUGCGUUCUCACCAGGCCCCCUUGAGCGUGGUCACCCAGGAGGACUUAAAGGUGACUCGCCUCCAGGGACGCAAGUACACGAACCCAAGCAAAAAACAUGUGAUGCGUGCGGAGUUCUCCGACAAGAUCGAUCACAUCAUGUACGACCCCCAUCCAAAAGAAGGGGUAUAUUCUGAAGUCCCUAUUUCCAAGAGCCCUCUUCUUUGUGAGCUUGCUGCACCGCGUCGGCGUAUCCACUUCAAUCCGUCCGAAACUGUUGUUGGCAUUGUUACGUGCGGCGGUAUUUGCCCUGGACUGAAUGAUGUGAUUCGCUCAUUGACUUUGACUGCUGUGAACGCGUACCGCGUGAAGCGUGUUAUUGGUUUCCGUUUUGGUUACUGGGGCCUCUCGAAGGCGGGCGCCCAUACCGCCAUGGAGCUCUAUCGCACUUCUGUUACAAGCAUUCAUCGCUACGGCGGAACAAUUCUGGGCAGCAGCCGCGGUCCCCAAGACCCCAAGGAUAUGGUUGACACCCUGGAGCGUCUUGGUGUUAACAUUCUCUUCACCGUGGGAGGUGAUGGCACACAACGUGGUGCUUUAACGAUUGCUGAAGAGGCCAAAAGGCGCGGUGCCAACAUCGCCGUGUUUGGUGUUCCCAAGACCAUUGACAAUGACCUCAGCUUUUCACACCGCACAUUUGGUUUUGAGACUGCGGUGGAUAAGGCAGUGGAGGCUGUCCGCGCUGCGUACGCGGAAGCCAUUUCUCUCAACUACGGUAUUGGCAUCGUGAAACUUAUGGGUCGUGACAGUGGUUUUAUUGCAGCUGAGGCGGCUGUGGCCAGUGCCCAGGCAAAUAUUUGCCUUGUUCCUGAGAAUCCCAUCCCCGAGGAGAUUGUAAUGAAGCUCAUCCAGCGUCGCUUUGCGACCUCCCGCAGCUGCGUUAUUAUUGUGGCGGAGGGCUUUGGACAAGACUGGGUAACGGAUGCUGGUGGCCAUGAUGCCUCAGGCAACAAGAAGCUUGCGAACAUUGGUGUCAUUCUGACGAAGCGGAUUAAGGCAUGGCUUGCGGCAAAUGAAAAACGUUUUCCCAAUGGUACGGUGAAGUACAUCGAUCCCUCCUACAUGAUUCGAGCUUGCCCACCCUCGGCAAAUGACGCUCUCUUCUGCGCCACCCUUGCCACACUUGCGAUGCACGAGGCAAUGGCUGGUGCAACCAACUGCAUUAUUUCUAUGCGUCACAACAACUAUAUUCUUGUGCCCAUCAAGGUGGCCACUUCGGUUCGCCGUGUGUUGGAUCUCCGUGGCCAGCUCUGGCGCCAAGUGCGCGAGAUUACAGUUAGCCUGCGGGACAACGUGCGUGACUGCAAGAUAACUGAGGUCCGACGUGAGCUGGAGGCGAUCAGCUUGAUUCGGGAGCGCCUGAUCGAGGAACUUUCCAAGCUGUAA